AGUUCUGCUGUGGAUUAUCUCCAUCUGAUGCUAGUGUGCAUGCGUUGGCUGCUUUCUACUUACAAGAUCAAAGGACGGUUCUGUGUGAGUAUCCAUGAUGAAGUACGCUACUUGGUUAGUAGUCCUGACCGCUAUAGAGCAGCUUUAGCCCUACAAGAGACCAACCUCCUGACACGUUCUAUGUUUGCCUACAGAUUGGGUUUGAAAGAUUUGCCCCAGGUAGGUAGAGAAAUUGUAUAUGGUACUAAUGAAUUUUUUACUGCAUUGUGGUAAAGAAGAAAGAAUACUGCAAUAAAAACGUAUUUAUUUUUUUACUAUGCAUUGUAACCAUAUAACUUGACUGUUUCCUUGUUCUCAUCAUAUAUACAUUUUCUUUAGUCAGUGGCGUUUUUUAGUGCAAUAGACUUAGACACUUGUCUCCGUAAAGAAGUAACAAUGGACUGUAUCACACCAUCUAAUCCUCACGGCUU